GGACAGGGAAGAGGCUGUCGGGAAAUGGCGGCCGCGGCCGGGCUGGGGCUUCAGCGGGAGGCAGCAGAGGGGAAGUGGCCAGCGUGGCGAAUGACGGAAGGUGGCGAGGGAGAGGAAGAGGGGUCGGGUGUCCGCGGAGCUCCAAGAGGGAAGACAAUCGCUUUGCCAAACACGGCAGGGCAUCUGGAAAGGCCUGGGAACCUCACCCGCCCUCCCAGGCCCUUCGGGCUCUUUUCGGUCCCACUAGGAGGAGGGGGAGGGCGGCAGGUGGGACCGGGCACAGGUCUAGUCGUGCGACAGGAGAAGGGAAGGAAGGGCCGGCCCCAGCUGGGUCCUCCUUGCGUCUGGCCUGUGCCGGACGCCCCCGACUCCGAGUGAUCUCGGGCCGGUCCCCGGGGGAGUCCAGCUUCUCGCGCCAGGGGAGUUCUCAGCCCCAGGGCAGUCCAGGGAUUAGGCGGAAGGGGGCACGCAGCCACCUGGCCGGGGCAGGGGGAGCUGCGAGGAGCCUUUUUUUUUUUUUUCCUACGCAGAGCCCCUUGCGUGACACACAGUAGGCGCUCAAUACAUGUUUAUUUUCAGCUGAGUGUUGCUUCAACUUUUAUGGCUUGUGAUAAAUCCUUAUCCUUCUGUUCUAGAAACUCGCAUUGUCUACUGGAUCAAGGACAGACAGCUCACCAACCAUGACAGCACCAUACUGGAACUUCAAAAAGUUCUGAAAACAUGUUGUAGUUCGGUGUAGCACUGUUUGCGGCGAGGAGAAAGGAAGGAGAGGAGAAAACUGCACUGGAUCAAGGAGGUCUUCCCAUAGGCCUGCAGUAGGGCUGUUUACCAUUGGAAGCAAGGGAAAGAGGAGGAGACCAAUCUAGAAGCAUGGAGAUCUGCCUGCAUGUCUGCUGCAGGGCUUAAGAUCACUGGAAGCAAAGAAACAAAGAGGAGAUUGCUCCUGAUCAGUAUAGACUGGUCCAGAGAUCUCAUGAAUUUAUAUAUCUACUUUAGGGUGUAUUGCCAAGAGAAGCAAGAGGAGAGGAGGGAACUGCCUCGGAUCAUUACAGGUCCACCUCCAGAGGCAGCUGUAGUGGCCUUUGAGUGGCUGAAGACCAGCACCCUCACAGGCCUACACCCACAACUACCACUCUCUUUACCCCAGCCCGAGUGCGCUCUACCAUACCUUGUUCGUGCUUUUAGCAGGGGUGAUUACAUGGGCCGCAUUCAGGAAGUGGGCUGGGUGACUGCAGGACUGGUGAUCUGGGCUGGCACCUGCUACUACAUUUACAAAUUUACCAAGGGAAGAGCCCAGAGUGUGAGGACUCUUGCCAGAAAUGGAUCCACAGUUAAGAUGGAGACUGUGGUUGGGGUACAGAGCCAGACCUUGGCCAUAAAUGAAGCAGAGAUUAAGACUAAACCCCAAGCCGAGAUUGGAGCAGAAACUGGAGCAAGAAGUGGGCCUGGGGCUGAAGUAGAGACCAAGGCCACUGCUAUAGCCAUACACAGAGCCAACUCUCAGGCCAAAGCAAUGGUUGGGGCAGAGCCAGAGACUCAAUCUGAGUCCAAAGUGGUGGCUGGAACACUGGUCAUGACAGAGGCAGUGACUCUGACUGAGGUCAAGGCCAAAGCCAGGGAAGUGGCCAUGAAAGAAGCAGUGACCCAAACUGAUGCUGAGGCUGGCAAAAUAGUUAAGAAAGAAGCAGUGACACAGACCAAGGCUAAAGCUUGGGCGCUGGUUGCCAAGACAGAGGCCAAGAGAGAAGCAAUGACCCAGACCAAAGCUGAAACUCAUAUAUUGGCUGAAAAAGAGACAGAGAUUAACAGAGUAAUGGUUACACAGAGUGAGACCUUGGCAGUACCCAGGGAAGUGGCCAAGAUGGGGGCCACGAACAAGACUGGAAUUGUGGAUGAAACCAAGACAAGAGCUCUGGAAGAGACUGUGAGUGUGGCUAAGACUCAGUCUGAGGCCAGGCCUGGUGCCACAGUUGAUGCUAGGGGAAAUCCCAAUAGCAUGUCCAGGGAGGUGGCUGGAGUGGACAUGAAGUCCUGUGCACAGUCUCAGGCUGUGACCAAGAUCCAGGGUGAUGACAUGCCUGGUACUGGGGUUGAGGACAUGGGGAAUUGUAAAACCAUGUCUAGGGCAGAGUGUGGGGCAGACACGAGGGCUUCUGCUCAGCCUCAAAUUUUUGCCAAAACCCAGACUGAGGCCAUUCCUGGGGCAAAGAUUGAUGCUGGGGGUAACACCAAUGCCAUGUGUAAGGUGGGGGCAGGGGCAGAUGUGAGAGCUUGUAUACAACCUCAGACUGUGGCCAAGAAACAGGCUGAGGUGACGUCUGGUGCCAGGGUUGAUGGUAGGGGAAAUACCAAUGUCAUAUCUAAGGCAAUAACUGGAGCUGACAUGAGAGCAGCUGCUCAGCCUCAAGCUGUUGCCAGUACUCAUGCUGAGGCCAUGUCUGAUGCCAAGGUUAAGAACAGAGGCAAUCCCAAUGCCAUGACUAAAGCAGGGGCCAAGGCAAACUUGAGGGCCAAUUCCCAGGUUGAGGCCUUGCCUGAUGCCAGGGAUAAGAGCAGAGGCAAUCCCAGUGUUAUGGCUAAGGUGGGGGAUGGGACAGACAUGUUGUCCUGUACACAGCCUCAGCUUGUGGCCAGUGUUCAGGCUGAUACCUUGUCUGAUGGCAAAAUUAAGGUCAGGGGCAAUGUCAAUACCAUGCCUAAGGAAGGAGCUGGGGUGGAUAUGAAAGCUCAAGGUAUGGCCCAGAGCCAGGGUGAAGCCUUACCUAAUACUAGAGGUAAGGCUAGGGGCAAAGCCAAAGCCAAGUGUAAGACAGGGGCUGGGAUGGACAUGAAAACCUGUACACAACCUCAGGCUGGGGUCAAGACCCCAGCUGAGGCCUUGCUUAAUUCCAGGGUUGAUGGUAGGGGCAAUCCUAAUGCCACUUCUAAAGCCGGGACUAAGGCAGACCAGAGGGUCUGUGGUCAGCCCCUGGUUGUGGCCAAUCCCCAGGGUGAGGCCUUGCCUGGUGCCAAGAAUAAAGUCAAGGGCAAUCCCCAUACUGUGCUUAAGGUGGGGGCUGGAGAAGGUACAACAGACUCUGCCCAGCCUGAGGCAGUGGUCAGUUUCCAGGGUGAGGCCUUGCUUGGUACCAAGAAUAAAGUUAAGGGUAAUCCCAAUGUUGUGCUUAAGGCAGAAGUUGGGGCAGGUGCAAUGGGCACUGCCCAGCUUCAGAUUAUGGCCAGUUCCAAGGGUGAGGCCUUGCUUGAUUCUAAGAAUAAGGUCAAGGGUAAUUCCAAUGCUGUGUCUAAGGCAGGGGCUGGGACAGAUACAACAGGCUCUGUCCAGCCCCAGAUUGUGGCCAAUUCCCAGGGUGAGGUCUUGCCUGGUGUCAAGAAUAAGGUCAGAGGCAAUCCCACUACUGUGCCUAAUUCAGGGGUUGGGCCAUAUACAACAGACUCUGCCCGGCCCCAGGCUGUGGCCAAUUCUCAGGGUGAGGUCUUGCCUGGUGCCAAAAAUAAGGUCAAGGCCAAUCUUAAUGCUGUGUCUAAGGCAGAAGCUGGGAUGGGUGCAACAGGCUCUGUCCAGCCCCAGGCUGUGGCUAAUUCCCAUUGUGAGACCUUGCCUGGUGCCAAGAAUAAGGUCAGGGGAAAUUGGAAUGCUGUGUCUAAGGCAGGGGCUGGGAUGGAUACAAGGGGCUCUGCCCAGCCCCAGGCUGUGGCCAAUUCCCAGGGUGAAGUCUUGCCUGGUGCCAAGAAUAAGGUCAAGGGCAAUCCCAAUGUCGUGUCUAAGGCAGGGGCCAGAGAAGAUACAGUGGGCUCUACCCAGCCUCAGGUUUUGGCCAGCUCCCAGCGUGAGACCUUGCCUGGUGCCAGGAAUAAGGUCAAGGGCAAUUCCAAUGUUGUGUCUAAGGCAGGGGCCAGAGAAGAUACAAUGGGCUCUGCCCAGCCUCAGGUUGUGGCCAGCUCCCAGCGUGAGACCUUGCCUGGUGCCAGGAAUAAGGUCAAGGGCAAUUCCAAUGUUGUGUCUAAGGCAGGGGCCAGAGAAGAUACAAUGGGCUCUGCCCAGCCUCAGGUUGUGGCCAACUCCCAGCAUGAGACCUUGCCUGGUGCCAGGAAUAAGGUCAAGGGCAAUUCCAAUGCUAUUUCUAAGGCAGAGGCUGGGGCAGGCAUAAUGGGCUCUGUCCAGGUCCAGGUUGUGGCCAGUUCUCAGGGUGAGGUCUUGCCUGGGGCCAAAAAUAAGGUCAGGGGCAAUUCCAAUGCUGUGCCUAAGGCAGAGGCUGGGGCAGAUACAGUGGGCUCUGCCCAGCCCCAAGCUGUCGCUAAUUCCCAGAGUGAGACCUUGCUUGGUGCCAGGAAUAAGGUCAAGGGCAAUACCAUUGCUGUGCCUAAAGCAGGGACUGGGGCAGGCACAAGGCACUCUGCCCAGCCUCAGAUUGUGGCCGGUUCCCAGGGUGAGACCUUGCCUGGGGCAAGGGACAAGUCUAUGCCCACUUCUGAGGCAGAAGCCACAGCAGAAGAUGAGGCCUAUGCAAAGCCUGAGGCUGAGGCCAUGCCCACUUCUGAGAGUGAGGGUGGGUCAGGCACUCAAGCCUGCAGAAAGACUCAGCCUAACAUCCAUGACUACUACUGGAAUGGGAUUGGUGUUGAAGACUGGAUUGCUGCUGAGCGGUGGAUCAAAUUUAGGUUUCAGACCAUGGAUGGAGACUGGGAAAAUAGCGUGUCCUGGGCUGAUGAUGAGAAUGAAGCCAGUAUUGGGUCCUGGAGUGGGGCUAGUGAUAAGGCUGGGAUUAUUCGGUCUUGGGCUGUGGCUUGUGAUGAGACCAGUGUUAAGUCCUGGGCUGGGGCCAGGGCUGAGAAUGUGGUUGGUAUUGGGACUUGGGCUAGAGCUGGGGAGCAGGCCAGUGGAGGGCUCUGGGCUGGGGGUCAGACUAGUGAGGGGACCUGGGCUGGGGACAAGGCCAGUGGAGGAGCCUGGACUGGGGCUGAGAACCAGGCCAGUGGGGGGUCUUGGGCUCUCGCUGGGAAUCAGGCCAUUGGAGAGCUUUGGGCUGCGGGUCAGGCCAGUGAUGGGUCCUGGCCUGGGGGACAGGCCAGUGGGGUGUCCUGGGUUGGGGAAGAGGCCAUUGGAGGGUCCUGGACUGGGGCUGAGAACCAAGCCAGUGGAGGGUCUUGGGCUGGAGCUGGGGCUGGGAAUAUGAGUAGUAUUUCAUACUGGGCUGGGGUUGUGGAUCAGGCCGGUGGAGGGUCCUGGGCUGCGACUAGUGAUCAAUCUGGUGGUGGGUCCAAGCCUAGAUUUGAGGAUCAAGCCAGUGGAGAAGGGUCCUGGGCUGGGGCUGGUGGCCAGGCUAGUGGAGGGUCAAUGUUGGGGCCUGAGGACCAGUCCAGUGGAAGGUCUUGGGCUGACACUGCAGACCAAGCCAGUGGAGGGUCUAGGCUGGGCCACGUAGAUCAGUCCAGUGGUGGGGCCUGGGCUGGGACACUUGAUCAGUCUGGUGGUGGGUCCAAGCCUAGAUUUGAAAAUCACACCACUGAAGAAGGGUCUUGGGCUGGGGCUGGUGGCCAGGCUGGUGGAGGGUCCAAGGUGGGGCCUGAAGACCAGUCCAGUGGAAGGUCAUGGGCUAACUCUGGGGACCAAAUCAGUGGAGGAUUCUUAGUUGGGAUUGUGGACCAGGCCAAUGGAGGGUCCUGGACUGGGGCUGGGCAUCCAGCUAGUGUUGGGCCAAAGCCUAUAUUUGAGGAUCAGGUCAGUGGCAGAGGGUCCUGGGCUGAUGCCGGGGAGCAGGUUGUUGGAGAUUCUAGGCUGGGGCUUAGGGACCAGUCUAGUGGAGAUUCCUGGGCUGGCACUGGGGACCAGGCCAGUGGAUGGUUCUGUGUUUGCCCUGGGAGUCAGACGAAUGGAGGGUCUUGGGGUGGGGCUAGUGGCCAGGAUGUUGGAGGGUCUAGGCCAGGGCCCACGAACCAGUCCAGUGCUGGGUCCUGGGAUAGCACUGGGAGUCAGGUCAGUGGAAGCUGCUGGACUGGGGCUGGGGCUGUGGAUCAGGCUGGUGGUUGUUCCAAACCUGGAUUUGAGGAUCAGGCCAUUGGAGGGGGAUUCUGGCCUGGUGCUGGGGACCAGACUGGUGGAGGCUCCAGGCCAGGGUCUGAGGAUCAGUCCAGUGGAAUAGGUUCCUGGGGUGUGGCUGGUGGCCAGGUCCUUGGGGGAGCUAGGCCGGGGCCUGCAGACCAGUCCAGUGGUGGAUCCUGGGCUGGCACUGGGAAUCAGUCCAGUGGAAGGUCCUGGAUUGGGCCUGGGGAUCAGGCUGGUGACUGUUCCAAGCCUGAAUUUGAGGAUCAGGCUUGUGGAGGAGGCUCCUGGGCUGGUGCUGGGAGCCAAGCCAGUGGAGAAUCCUGGGCUGGAUCUAGGCCUGGGAAUGAGGCCAUUGGAGGAUCUAGGAUGGGAUCUGAGGACCAGGCCACUGGAGGAUCCUGGGCUAGAUCUGAGGACCAGGCCAGUGGAAGGUUCCAGGUCAGUUUUGAGGUAGAGGCCAAUGAAGGAUUCUGGUUUGGGCCUGGAGCUGAGGCUGUUAUAGGGUCUUGGUGCUGGACAGAGGAAAAAGCUGAUAUUGUGUCCAGGCCUGAUGAUAAAGAUGAGGCCACUACUGCAUCCAGAUCAGGGGCUGUGGAAGAGGCCAUCAUUUGUUCUAGGAUUGAGGCUGAGAACAAGGCUAGUAGUGGCUCCUGGAUUAGAUCUGAGGAGGUGGCUUAUAUGGGCUCCUGUGUAGGGGCUGGGGCUGGGGCUGAGGCUGGGGCUGAAGCUGGGGCUGAGGCUGGGGCUAGGGCUGGGGCUGAGGCUGGGGCUGAGGCUGAGGCUGGGCCUGAGGCUGGGGCUGGGGCUGGGGCUGAGGCUGGAGCUGGGACUGAGGCUGGGGCUGGGGCUGGGGCUGAGGCUGGGGCUGGAACUGAGGCUGGGGCUGGGGCUGAGGCUGGGGCUGAGGCUGGGGCUGAGGCUGGGGCUGGGGCUGGGACUGGGGCUGAGGCUGAGGCUGGGGCUGGGGCUGGGGCUGGGGCUGAGGCUGGGGCUGGAACUGAGGCUGGGGCUGGGGCUGAGGCUGGGUCUGGAACUGAGGCUGGGGCUGGGGCUGAGGCUGGGGCUGGGACUGAGGCUGGGGCUGGGGCUGGGACUGAGGCUGGGGCUGGGGCUGGGGCUGGUGCUGGGGCUGAGGCUGGGGCUAGGGCUGAGGCUGAGGUUGGGGCUGGGGCUGGGGCUGGGGCUGGGGCUGGGGCUGGGGCUGGGGCUGAGGCUCGGGCUGAGGCUGGGGCUGGGGCUGGGGCUGAGGCUGGGGCUGAGGCUGGGCCUGGGGCUGAGUCUGGGGCUGGGGUUUGGUCCUGGGAUGGAGAUGCAACCACUGUAGAGUCUAGGCUUGGGGCUGGGGAAGAGGCUGGUGUAGAGUCCUGGACCUUGGCUAGGGAUGUGGGAGAGGAUGAGCUAAGUAGAGAGUCCAGCCCUGAUAUUGAGGAGAUCAGUUUAAGGUCUUUGUUUUGGGCUGAGAGUGAGAACAGUAAUACGUUCAGAUCUAAGAGUGGGAAAGAUGCCAAUUUUGAGUCUGGAGCUGGGGAUAACACCAGCAUCAAGGAUAAGUUUGAGGCUGCUGGUGGAGUUGAUAUAGGGUCUUGGUUCUGUGCUGGUAAUGAAAACACAAGUGAGGACAAAUCUGCACCUAAGGCUAAAGCCAAAAAGUCAUCUGAGUCAAGAGGCAUAUAUCCGUCCAUGGUCCCUGGGGCAGGAAUGGGGUCAUGGGAUGGAGCCAUGAUCUGGUCGGAAACUAAGUUUGCACACCAAAGUGAGGCCAGCUUCCCAGUUGAAGAUGAGUCCAGAAAACAAACCAGGACUGGGGAAAAAACUCGGCCCUGGUCUUGCCGCUGUAAACACGAAGCUAAUAUGGAUCCACGAGAUCUUGAAAAACUCAUUUGCAUGAUUGAGAUGACUGAAGAUCCUUCUGUUCAUGAAAUAGCCAAUAAUGCUUUAUAUAACAGUGCUGAUUAUUCUUAUUCUCAUGAAGUUGUUCGUAAUGUAGGUGGAAUUUCAGUUAUUGAAAGCUUGCUCAAUAAUCCCUACCCCAGUGUUAGGCAGAAGGCUUUAAAUGCACUGAAUAAUAUCUCAGUGGCUGCUGAAAACCAUAGGAAGGUUAAAACUUACUUAAACCAAGUAUGUGAAGACACUGUCACCUAUCCCUUGAAUUCAAAUGUGCAGUUGGCUGGACUAAGGUUGAUAAGGCAUCUGACUAUUACCAGUGAAUAUCAGCAUAUGGUUACAAAUUAUAUUUCAGAAUUUCUUCGUUUGUUAACGGUGGGAAGUGGAGAAACUAAAGACCAUGUUUUGGGAAUGCUUUUGAAUUUCUCUAAAAAUCCAUCUAUGACAAAAGACUUGCUCAUUGCCAAUGCACCAACAUCACUGAUUAACAUUUUUAGCAAGAAAGAGACAAAGGAGAAUAUUCUUAAUGCUCUUUCACUAUUUGAAAAUAUAAAUUACCAUUUUAAAAGAAGAGCAAAAGCAUUUACCCAGGACAAAUUCAGUAAAAAUUCCCUUUAUUUCCUAUUCCAACGACCUAAAGCAUGUGCCAAGAAACUUCGAGCCUUAGCAGCAGAAUGCAAUGACCCUGAGGUGAAAGAGAGAGUUGAGCUAUUAAUAAGUAAACUCUGAUUGGCUGUAUGUUCCCAAACAAAUUUGAGUAAUAUUUUGGUUUUGCACUCUGGAAGUAAUGCACAUUGUAAAUUGCAUUAUAACUUUGAAACUGAUGUUACCUAUGAUGGUCUAUAGCUGGACCAUUUUAUGAACACCAAAUGAAUUCAAGCUUGUACUAAAAAUACGUGUGUUGAUUUUUAUCUUGUCUGGAUUGAGAUAUUUUUAGUAUGCUUCAUGAGCAGAAACUGAAUGGAUUCUUCAUAAGUAAGGUAAUCUUUGGUCCUUUGUGUGGACUUAUGUUUAUACAUUUAAGACUUUAUUUUUAUGUCAUCAAUAAAGUUGUGUGUUUUAA